UAGGAAUACGUGGAAUUGAACUGUGAUGGUUAAAGCAAAAGAAACUGUCAAAGUAUGUUGUGGUCAUAUAUGUCAAUAUUAAAUUGUUCGCGAUCAAGUUUAGUUUCUUAAAAAUAUAAUAAAACGCUAAUGAAUAUACGUGGAGCAUGUAAAAUGAAAGAAAUAAUAACACGCACAGUAUAGUUACUAUAUAAAUCAUCACGAAUUUAUCGUGUUACUGACUGCAUUACUGUGUAUUACGUGUCUUGUUAUAGAUUUAAUAUUACUAUUUUAUUCAAAUACAUAAAAAUGAAUAAUCGAAGGCGCACAAAUAAUUUCACGUAUGUUAGUUCAUGUGUGAAAUAUAUGAUAUUUACUCUAAACUUUGUAUUCUGGUUAUUUGGUGGUCUUUUAAUUGGAGUGGGUCUGUAUGCCUUUGUUGAUAAAUGGCAAGCAACUGGUUCUGUAAGAGUGGAAAAUGUAUAUGAUGUAAUAUUGAAUAUAUCACUAGUAAUGGUAAUAGCUGGAGGAGUUGUGUUUGUUGUCAGUUUUGCAGGAUGUGUCGGUGCGCUUCGUGAAAAUACCUGCCUACUUAAAUUUUAUUCGUUAUGCCUGUUGGUUUUUUUCCUCCUUGAAAUGGGUGUUGCAAUAGUUGGUUUUGUAUUUCCACAUACGUUACAAUCUUUAUUGGAAGAAUCUUUUACUGAAAAAAUUAUUCAAACGUACAGAGAAGAUCCAGAUUUACAGAAUUUCAUUGAUUUUGGACAACAAGAGUUCAAAUGCUGCGGUUUAAGUCAAGCUGGUUAUAUGGAUUGGGGCAAAAAUGAAUAUUUUAAUUGUUCCAGUCCUAGUGUUGAACAUUGUGGUGUACCAUUUUCUUGCUGCAUAAAUGCUACAGAUAUUAGUAGCGGACUCGUAAAUAUAAUGUGCGGAUACAAAGACAAAGUCUUAACUCUUCCUGUAUCUGAAGCAAGUAAAAAAGUCUGGACCAGUGGUUGUAUCGAAAUUGUUCGUAAUUGGGCAGAACGCAAUUUAUAUACGAUAGCAGGCAUUGCCCUGGGCAUAGCUCUUAGUCAGUUAUUUGUUAUUUAUCUAGCUAAGACAUUAGAAGGUCAAAUUGAGUUACAAAGGUCUCGUUGGCAUUCCUGAGCUUGACUUCAGGCCACCUACCGCUAUUCUAUUCAUUCUCCAGCAAGCAGGCAGGUGGCCAGCAAUCAUACGCAAAGUCAGAAUGCUAAAGCAAACGUGAAUGCUCGAAUGGCAUUGCUUGUUCUAUUUGCAAUCUCAUUAUACAUACUGUGCAUUUUAUCUCUGAUUAGAUUCAUUCUUUACUAUUUUCAUUUGUACUUAGGUAAAAAAAAAUUUUUUACUUAAUAUCAUGAGAGAGAAAUUUGCAUUCUUUUUAUAAUUUUUUUACUUCCAUCAUACUUAUUAUUAUCUUUAAAUACAUUCAUUUUUUAGCUUAGAAACACUUGGCCAUUGUAUCCAAAUAGACUUUAGUCCUCUUUUUUAAUACUAAAUUGAUAUUUUAAUACUAAGUGUAUAAACUUCCGAGAUAUUUACAUAUCUAUAUACUUUUUUCUUUAGUAUUAAGUCUGGUCUAUAUACGCAGACCACAUCUUGAUGUGUUCAAAGAAACUAAAUGAGAUUUAUGUUAUGACACAUUUGUGUUUAUCCAAGUUGGAUAGAAUCUUUAUCUUAACUCAAAUUUCUUGAAAACAAUUUUUUAUAAUAUUUUAGAUGUGAUCUUUGACAAAUAUGUAAGAUGAAAUGAUGAAAAUAUUUUUUACAUAGAUAGCCAUUUUUUUUUUUUUUUUAGAUAAUAUUAUUUCGUUUAUAAAAAAUUAAAGACAAAUAACUAAGAGAUAAAUAAUUUAAUUUAACACCGUUUGUAUUAAUAUAUUAUACAUCUAUUAUACAGAUAUUUACUUGAAAUAUUUUUAUGUCUAACAGCAGAAUAUGCACAUUGCUUAAGUUACUAAUUCAUUAAUUUUUUUAAUAUUUGUAAUGUUAUGAUAUAAGCAUCAUCAGUUAGAUUGAGAAGAUAUAUUCUUUAACUUGUUAAUUUAUAUGUUCUUUUUUAAUAUGGUGCACAUUAAUUACACCUAUGAGCAGAAGAACAUCCAGUGCCAAAAUCAGAAUAUUGUCUUACAUUUUUCUUUAAAACAAAUCUGACAAUAAUCUGGUAUGAAUGAUUUGUUUAUCCAAUAGGUAUAAAAUAAAUUUACUGUGUCUUUUUAUCAACAAUAAAUGUAAAACUGAUAUAUAAAACCUUCUAGUUUGUAAUAAACAAAUAUUAUUCUAAUAUAACAUCCUUGCCAUCAUCAA